CCAUAAUAAAUAUGGCACAAAAGGUGCACCCAAAAUUUUCAAUGAACCCACAAGCCCCAGAUAAACCAGAAAAAAAUAUCCAACAGCAAAGCAAGCCAGUAAAAAGCUUCAGAGUCAGCAAUUCCAGGACCCUACCACCUGCGAUAUAACAUAGUUUCAAAAAAUCACGAUGGUUCGGAGAAGGGUACUGACGAAUUCCGCCAAGCAGGCUUCGAUGAACGCCUAUCAGCAGUUGUGGCAUCAACAGCCGUUUGCCCGAGGACCUUUGGUUGCCUCAAUGCCGGAAUAUUGGCACUCCGUGUGCAACAAAAUGGGUGGCGCCAUGCCCCGCAUGGCGGUAAUUGCUCCGCCGGAAGUGAGCAGCCGGAAAUUGAGUCGACUUCGUCGUCAGCUGAUGAAAGCGCCCAGUGAAACCGUUCCGAUGCACAGCUUCAUCCCCAAUUAUGGUCUACAGCAGCAUCCACAAGUGCAAUUUCAAAGAGGUUAUCAAAACGCAGGAAAUAUGUCCUCUCCGAGUCAAAGCCUUUCCAAGGCGGCUCUUCUGAAACCAGGUUGCAUCUUGGCCGCGUGUCAAAACCAGUCCUUCAGAAAUUUAGCAGCAGCAGUAGGAGUUGCACCCACGACACCGCAGCAACACCCACAUUUUAGUCAGGGAAGCUUGUUCGACUAUCCUCCAAUGCAAUGGCAACAGCAGCAAUAUCAAGUGCAGCAGCAACACAAGCAAUUCCUACUAGAACAACAACAGAUGGCAGUACCUGCUGGAAUUUUAAAGAAGUCUUCACGAAUUGGAGUUGAAAGUGAUCAUCAGACCUCAAGUCCCCUUAAAACGAAAAGAGUGACCAUCAAAAGCACAGCCGCCCCCCGUUCCAGAUACCAAGAACCUAUAGUGGAGCAAAUAAAACUCAAGCCUGAUAUUCCACCCAAGCCAAGUAAAAGAGUCAAGCAAAAUACACUGAAGAAAGAACGACAGCAACUGCAGCAAUUGCAACUUCAACAUGAGCUUCUGAAACAGCAUCAGUCAAUGCAAAAUCAGAAAGACCAAGUGAAGCUCCAGGGUAAAGCGAGUCUGCCUCAGAAACAGCUCUUGCAACACCAAAUCGAAUUAAGAAAGCCACAUCAGAAAAGUCUGCAACAACUAGAUCCAUCUAAGAGCUUUAAUUUCGGAAAAUUCGUAAACCACUUUAUAGAAGGCUGCAGUAGGGAAUCUGAUACAGAAACGUCCAUGUAUUCGGCUGCGAAUUCAGAAAUAAAACCAGUAAGUAAGCAAAGCAGGCCACAAAACCCUAAGCAAUUUGAGAGUUCCAAGUCAAAGAGCUUCCCCUAUGAGGAAACCAAGAAGGAGAAUAACAAAGAGCUCCAAGUCAAGCUUGAAAAAUCGGAGGUACCCAACAGGAAGGGCAAGACGUCUUCGAGUCGCUUCCUUGAUCGUCAAUCCAGAACACAUGAGUCGGGAAACGAUAGCAGCACGAUAACCCUAACCACCGAGCAAAAUCAGUCAAAAACUGAUUAUCAAAGUCGCACAUCUUUGACUGACAAGGCCACAAACACCAAGUUAGACCCUCUCAGUGAUCUUUUAAAACGUGGACCUCAGAAAGCUAUAUCGACCACUUCAGCAACUAGUAAGGGAUCUAGAAAACUAAACAUCAAUGAGCUGUUGAGAAAUGAAAAAGUCAAGGGACUGGAUGGCAAUCCCAUGUGGCACUCGCUCAUGCAACUGGUGGCCCACAUGUGCGAGGCCAAGGAAAACGAGAAGGACGAUAAGGAGCAGAAGAGUCGGUUGAGGGCAGGAUCCGGUGCUGAUGGUCUUCAGAAGCAGUAUUCCGUGUACUUGAUGGUUACCUCCGAUGAGGAGGACGAAGACAGGAGUUCCGUGAAACCGAAAGUUAAGCAGUCAACCAAUGAUCCAAAACUGGCGAGCAAUAAAGGGAUUCCUGGAGAAGAUGAAUACGCCAAGCGAUGUGGCAGUGUCUAUCAGGAAGAGCACCCCAAGCAAGGUCGCCGAAGACGUUCGAGGAAGAGGUUGAAUCCUCGCCUGCGAGAACUUUCCAUUCCGUACCCCUUUACGCAAACUCAGCUUCCGAUGAGAAGACCCCUCCACUGGCCCAAGCCUGAUUACUCCAAGCCACAAGGUCGUUCGAAACGUACCCGGAACUCAUCUCGGGUUCGCUCCCGUUCCUCGACGAAACAUGCGAUAAAGUUGCGAAGCCAGAGGUCCAUAAGCUCAGCACUCGACGAGAAUCGCAGCUGGCGAUUGUGGCAGGAUCUUCCGAUGACCGCCAGAGCCUUGAACAAGGUCUACAGUCGCAUGCUGACUUUAUCGGGCGCUAGCCGAACCUGCUCUGAGAUACCUGCACAACAUUUACCUGCGAUGGCAGAUCCAAAUUUUCAAUUUCCUCGGAAAUACCUGACUAUCGAAAAUGAUACUAUUGGAAUGAGCACGUGCACGGAUAACAACGAUAUUUCCUUGGAGCAAAAUCGAGGAACUAAACUUAAGGAGAGUGUUUCCUUCACUGGUUGUGGAUCUCAUUUUGUGGGCUUGACAUUCAUUCCGGAAAGGAGAACGAGGGCUUCCGGCGGGGAUUGCGAUUACAACAUACUGCGAAAUCCGUUAGUCGUGCGGAGUGGUGAGAUUCCAGAUCAGGGAGAGUGCGAUCCCAGCUGUCCAUAUCGGGGAAACAAUCAGGGACAGAACAAUUACCAACAGGCCCCCGAACCAUAUUAUAACCAGAAUUAUGAUCGUUCUGCACCCGCCCAGAAUCAGACCGGAUAUUAUGACAACAGUCAACCUCAGCAAGUCUAUGGAUCGCCAGGCAAUAAUUGUUAUGUGCCACCGGGUAGAACCCAAUCUCAACCCAAGGAUCGUGGUGGAAACGACUGUGGCUGCGAUCCACCUUCUGGCAGAAGAGCUUACAGGACACCCUCAUCUCACUACAUGGAAUACAGGGAGUUCCAGCAGAGUCCCAAGAAAAAUCCUGUCUUAGAAAAACCACAAUAUAGUGAAUAUCCCGCGGAAUCGCAGAGGUCCAAUCGGUUGCAAAGAAACGAUUCUGAAUGCAGUUGUGAGCGCAGAUCUUCGCCCGAAAGACGCCAGGUCCAGAGAACAAGUCGGUUACAGAAAAAGGUUUCUGAAUGUAGCUGUGAAUCUGAAUCUUUGGAGGAGAAACAGCCGGUCCAGAGGAGUAAUCGGUUGCAGAGAAAGUCUUCUGAAUGCAGCUGUGCGGCUGGAUCUCCUCCAAGAAGGCAGCAAGUCCAGAGAAGGAGCCCACCAGAUAAGAGUUAUUACCAGAGGAAAUCCACUCAGGCGGCUCAAGCUUGUUCUGUUCGUUGUCAUGCUCGUUCCCACGUUCAGGGAUCUCCUCCGCCUCCCGCCCCCAAGAGAAAAUGUCCGGCCGCCACGCCACCACCCACUUCUAGAAAACCCGCGCCCAGAACUAAAUCAACCAUUACUUCAAGAAAUCGAAGGAAGUGUACUGUCUGCAAUCGCUGUUCCGAUGAAGAGAGCAGUGAACCCAUCGACUAUGUGGAGGGCAGUCGAUCCCGGACUGAGGUGCUUAGGAAUCCUUUGGUCCAAUCACGGUCCAGUUACGAGUGCAACAAUGAUCAGCCCCACGAGAGCUAUAGUGAAGAGUAUCCAGUGCAGCGAAGAACACGAUCUGCAAGCUGCCGAAAACCAACCCCUGAAGGUCGAUGUUGUUCCCGGAAGGGACCACCACUCUGCUCCAACGAAACCCUGAUGGAAAAACCAGUACAGAGCUAUCGCUUCAGUUGCCCAGAGAAUGGGAAAUGUGCGUCAUGCCGAAAACUUUGCCCGAAAUGCCACAAGGUGAUGCCCCAAAAACAGAGAAGUUCGUCAGCCAAGAGAUAUGUCUCAUCGGUGGCACAGAAGUGCUGCCCUAUGUGUGGAUUACUACCCAUGAUGCCGAAUAUUUCCAUUCCGGACAUUGCCAGUAGCAACCGCAUUAUCUACAAGACCCUGGGGCGAUGUCGACCCAGGAAAGUGCCUAAAACUAGAUACGAGCUGACCAUUUGCUGUAAGAAGCGUUGCCAGGGAGGCCGGAACUCGCACUACAUGACUGGCACUAUUGCCACGAGUCUCAAAAGAAGGGCUAAGGCGGUGAUGAUGGCAGGAAACCCGGUGGCGCCUUCACGGACGUCGAGCCACAGACAAGGGAUCAGGCAAUCUUUUACUCCAGCUCAAAAUAUGCCCAGUCACUCGCAGUCAACGGGACAUAAAAGGAGCCAAAGCAGAGCAGGCAUUUCCUUUUCCGACCAAGAUCGGUCUACUCCAUCCACUUCUGGUCAGCAACGUGAAAGAUCAGCUGCUCCAGAGCAGUUUAAAAUGCGAACUCCUUCCGCAAACUUGGUGCAAAAGUCUGAAAGAAGGGAGAGCGAAAGAGAAGCAAUUCCUUCGCAGCAAAGGACUAGGGCUGCAUCGCCAAUCGUAGAGAUCCACAGUUCCUCACGACAUCAUGAGACCUAUAGGGAUUCUUACCGUCCUAAGGACCAGCCGCAUUCCUAUAGAUCUCAACCGGAACCAGCUCCUUCCUAUCGAACUGAUCAUGAACCAGCACCAUCGAAUAGGUCUAGGCCUGAUCCCCCAGACAUACCAGCAGCUUAUUCAGCCCCCGCCUCAAUGGAACCGGAGAUAUCGGAACCCAAUCGGCGGGGAGCGUCCUACUUGGGCACCGAAUUGAAUCCCUUUUACAGAGGAAGCUUCCUUAAAGUGCGUUACUCGAGGGACUCCUCUCAGAAUCGCUUGAGCCCCAUUCACCAAAGAGGGGAGAAGGUCCAGAACAUGCCCAAAGCGCGAAAAUCUCCGGGAAUGGGCCUUCCUAUGAAAUAUACUAGAUUAAGUCAGCUACAAGCUUGGGUGUUUGGGGACCCCUUCGUGAAGGCUAAUGACAAUUUGGGAACCUGGAGCUGGCGCCAGAUUUUCGGGCGCAGCAAGAAGCGUGCGGCCUCCAAGAAUAAACCAGCCAAGCCAGUAGAAGCAAACGUAUAGGCCACGAGGCAGAAAAGAAAUGGUGCGGGUCGCGAGAGCCAAACCGAUCUUUCGCAAGAUAGUCACACCGAUGUGUGCCCCGAGGCCCGUCCUGUCCCCCAAAGACCGUGUCCUGGCAGCCAGAAUGCACCAGAGAACAUGUACGUCCUGAAGAACUGCGAUCGAUGUCAGGACUACUCGGUGCAGCCGUGCGGCAAGGGUUGCAAGUGCCCAAAGAGGGGAACUCAAUGCGCCGGUGAGUGCGAUGUUUCGGAUCGGGAAAAGUCGCAGUUGCAGUCCCAGGAGAGCUUCCCUGAAGCGGUGAAACCGAUGACGAAGAUGACAGAAUCGUCGAAAUCCUCACUUGACCCAGCUGCGUAUCGUCGGAUGGGCGGCAACUGUCCCAUUUGCCAGCUUUGUGGACACGAAGAGAUCCGGCAGCCAGGUCAGAGUAUGUGUUGCACUUGCAACGAAAAGAUACAGGCGGCCGUGGAUAACUACUAUGUUCAGUGCCAAGGACAAUGUCAGCCCACAGGAAGGCCAUGUCCUUAUCGACAGGAUCAGGGACAGGCACAACAGCCCGCGUCUCAGUCACCUGGACAAUGGCAACAGUUGAACGGAUCUCCAUUUGGCGCCCAGCAGCAGGGUGAACAGCCCUUCAAUAUCAUUGUCCUCCAGGAUUGCGACAAUCAUGCCUUGAUCGACCAGUUGACAGCUGCCAUAAAUCGAGGUGGAGGUCAAGCGCAUACGCCAUUGCAAAACAACAACUACCCGAACCUCUAUCCCAACCAACCGAAUAACUUUCAAAACAAUCCACUGACUGGCUAUAUAGACUACGAUUACCUCGACCUUAAUCGCAAGGGGUACGGUUACGAGCCCGAAAGGGAGGACAGAUACGACUACGGUUACGACAUGGGUCCCUGGCCAAUGGAUCACUACUACCCAAGGGAUGGAUUUGAAGAAGACGGGUACCGUUCCAUCUCGUGCAACAGCUACGACUGUCCCGCUAAAAAUGAUCAGAUCCCAAAGCAAGACUCCUGGGACAGUAAUCAGACCUAUAAAGAGAGUCAAGCGCCUCGCAAUGGCCAAGCCAAUAAUGGUGCCUGCAACUGCAACUGCCAUGAUUUUGAGACCAAAGAUAAGCUGGCCUCGCUUAUAGCCAAGGCGCUGGAGAUCUUCAUCAGUAGUAAUCAGUGCAAAAACGAUGAGGUCAAAGAUGAGGAGCAGAACCAAAAGAGCGGAAAGGUUAAGAAUCCAGAGAAAAAGGUUAAGAAACCCAAGAAACGCGGUAAAAGGAGUAAGAGUGUAGAGCCUGCCGUAAAUUCCUCAGCGAAGAGUGCCGCAAAUGUGAAAGGGGAAAGCCCUUUGGGGAUCGCAAAAAGCAGCAAAGCUAAACUUAGUGCGAUAUCCACUCCCUUUUCGAAGGUGAACUCCCUAGACAGCUCUCUCUUGAAGGUCACCAAGAACCCCAUCUCCAAGAAUUCCUCGCUCUACGGGGACUCCAACGCCGACACAGUCAGUGCGGGAUCCCGCAACAAGGAUCGGAAUGAGAAGCCCCCGUUCUUUCUGCCCGACUGCGAGGAACAUCGCUGCAAGAACGACUGCAAGGGCAUUUGCUCGCGGAAGCCGCAUGAUUGCGGCAGGGGCUGCAAGUCCGUUUGCCAAGGACCAUGCUCCAAGUCGGGGGGUGGCGAUGGACAAAGUCGCAGCAGGGCAUCCAAAAACAAGCAACAACAACAGCGGCACGCCCGCUGCCAGCAGUGCAACCAGGGUGAAGGUCGCCAGUGGCAGGAAGUGGGCGGAACCACGGACUGUCCCGACGGCACAAAUGCCGGGGGCGCCAGUGCUCCACCUGGAUGUUCCGGUUGUGGGGGCGGACAGGAUAGAAGCAAGGGCGGCGGCAAGGACCGAAACCCAGCCGGCGGCAAGAACACACUUUUGGGACUCAGUCCCAUUGCCCACUAUCGACCCGGAAUGCUGCAGUUUCCCGUGAACUACCUCCUGGCGGGAACGAAUUUCCGACGCAGCCUCGUUCGCACUGCCGCCGGAGUGACGUUGCACCAGAAGCCCUACGUGGACAUGGCCGAUGCCAAGGACCUACCCAACUUCCCGUGUCGCAAGAAAGGUGGCAGUGCAGACUAUGAAACUCCCGCCAAGAAGUGGCUCUGAGCUCCGGAACGCGUCUCCGAAAGUUAUGCAUUGUAGAGCAUCGAAGGCCCUGAGGGCUUCCUUCGAUCCAUAUAGUGCAUAAGUUUGUAAGGACGCUCAGUGGUUUAUAGUUUUAGUUCUCCAAAUUCUCAAGUAUUCCUACUAUUUAUACAGUAUUUAUCAUGCGCAAUAAACCAGUAACCAAUC